GGGAAUCAGCUGGGAGGGACAGGGGAAUCAGCUGGGAGGGACUUUGAUGCGGCUGCAGCAGAGGAUCGUUUCUCCAAACUGUUUGCCUCUGACCUGAGACUUGGACUGUGGGUUUGCAGCCAGCUGCGUCGCUGGUCGCUCAGUUAGCACUUGCUCUAGCAAACUGCCCCUCUCCCUGAUGCGGAGCCUUGGCUCAUAGAGGGGGAAAGUGGAGGCCGGGUUGCCACGAUAUCCGGGUCUGCCGGGCAGGUGAUGGCAAGGCUAGCUUUGAUGCGGUAGCUGAUCUUUGUUUUGAGUCUCUUGGACCGGAGUACCUAGUAGGUGGGGCUGGUAAAGUUGAUAAGUACAAAAAAGACUCAAGAGACCUAAGCUAGUGGUGAGGCCGUCUCGUUCGGUUAAUAGGCACAAAGCCACUUAAUGCUAGGCGAACUAAAAAAUGAGAGCCAAGCUAGCAAUAGCUAGACAGUGGUUAGCUAGUUAGCUUUCGCCGUGACAGCUAAUCAAAUCAAAUCAAAUCAAAUCAAAUCAAAUUUUAUUGGUCACAUGCGCCGAAUACAACAGGUGCAGACAUUACAGUGAAAUGCUUACUUACAGCCCUUAACCAACAGUGCAUUUAUUUUAAACAAAAAAGUAAGAAUAAAACAACAACAAAAAAGUGUUGAGAAAAAAAAGAGCAGAAGUAAAAAAAUAAAGUGACAGUAGGGAGGCUAUAUAUACAAUAGAAUAAAGUGACAGUAGGGAGGCUAUAUAUACAGGGGGGUACCGUUGCAUAGUCAAUGUGCGGGGGCACCGGCUAGUUGAGGUAAUAUGUACAUGUGGGUAGAGUUAAAGUGACUAUGCAUAAAUACUUAACAGAGUAGCAGCAGCGUAAAAAGGAUGGGGUGGGGGGGCAGUGCAAAUAGUCCGGGUAGCCAUGAUUAGCUGUUCAGGAGUCUUAUGGCUUGGGGGUAGAAGCUGUUGAGAAGUCUUUUGGACCUAGACUUGGCACUCCGGUACCGCUUGCCGUGCGGUAGCAGAGAGAACAGUCUAUGACUAGGGUGACUGGAGUCUUUGACAAUUUUGAGGGCCUUCCUCUGACACCGCCUGGUAUAGAGGUCCUGGAUGGCAGGGAGCUUUGCCCCAGUGAUGUACUGGGCCGUACGCACUACCCUCUGUAGUGCCUUGCGGUCAGAGGCCAAGCAGUUGCCAUACCAGGCGGUGAUGCAACCAGUCAGGAUGCUCUCGAUGGUGCAGCUGUAGAAUUUUUUGAGGAUCUGAGGACCCAUGCCAAAUCUUUUUAGUCUCCUGAGGGGGAAUAGGCUUUGUCGUGCCCUCUUCACGACUGUCUUGGUGUGUUUGGACCAUGAUAGUUCGUUGGUGAUGUGGACACCAAGGAACUUGAAGCUCUCAACCUGUUCCACUACAGCCCCGUCGAUGAGAAUGGGGGCGUGCUCAGUCCUCUUUUUUUUCCUGUAGUCCACAAUCAUCUCCUUUGUCUUGGUCACGUUGAGGGAGAGGUUGUUGUCCUGGCACCACACGGCCAGAUCUCUGACCUCCUCCCUAUAGGCUGUCUCAUCGUUGUCGGUGAUCAGGCCUACCACUGUUGUGUCGUCGGCAAACUUAAUGAUGGUGUUGGAGUCGUGCCUGGCCAUGCAGUCAUGGGUGAACAGAGAGUACAGGAGGGGACUGAGCACGCACCCCUGAGGGGCCCCCGUGUUGAGGAUCAGUGUGGCAGAUGUGUUGUUACCUACCCUUACCACCUGGGGGCGGCCCGUCAGGAAGUCCAGGAUCCAGUUGCAGAGGGAGGUGUUUAGUCCCAGGAUCCUUAGCUUAGUGAUGAGCUUUGAGGGCACUAUGGUGUUGAAUGCUGAGCUGUAGUCAAUGAAUAGCAUUCUCACGUAGGUGUUCCUCUUGUCCAGGUGGGAAAGGGCAGUGUGGAGUGCGAUAGAGAUUGCAUCAUCUGUGGAUCUGUUGGGGCGGUAUGCAAAUUGGAGUGGGUCUAGGGUUUCUGGGAUUAUGCUGUUGAUGUGAGCCAUGACCAGUCUUUCAAAGCACUUCAUGGCUACAGACGUCAGUGCCACGGGUCGGUAGUCAUUUAGGCAGGUUAUCUUAGAGUUCUUGGGCACGGGGACUAUGGUGGUCUGCUUGAAACAUGUUGGUAUUACAGACUCAGUCAGGGACAUGUUGAAAAUGUCAGUGAAGACACUUGCCAGUUGGUCAGCACAUGCUCGGAGUACACGUCCUGGUAAUCCGUCUGGCCCUGCGGCCUUGUGAAUGUUGACCUGCUUAAAAGUCUUACUCACAUCGGCUACGGAGAGCGUGAUCACAUAGUCGUCCGGAACAGCUGGUGCUCUCAUGCAUGCUUCAGUGUUGCUUGCCUCGAAGCGAGCAUAGAAGUGGUUUAGCUCGUCUGGUAGGCUUGUGUCACUGGGCAGCUCGCGGCUGUGCUUCCCUUUGUAGUCUGUAAUAGUUUUCAAGCCCUGCCACAUCCGACGAGCGUCAGAGCCAGUGUAGUAUGAUUCAAUCUUAGACCUGUAUUGACUCUUUGCCUGUUUGAUGGUUCGUCGGAGGUCAUAGCGGGAUUUCUUAUAAGCGUCCGGGUUAGAGUCCCGUUCCUUGAAAGCGGCAGCUCUACCCUUUAGCUCAGUGCGGAUGUUUCCUGUAAUCCAUGGCUUCUGGUUGGGGUAUGUACGUACGGUCACUGUGGGGACGACAUCAUCGAUGCACUUAUUGAUGAAGCCAGUGACUGAUGUGGUGUACUCCUCAAUGCUGUCUGAAGAAUCCCUGAACAUGUUCCAGUCUGUGCUAGCAAAACAGUCCUGUAGCUUAGCAUCUGCGUCAUCUGACCACUUUUUUAUUAGCCGAGUCACUGGUGCUUCCUGCUUCAGUUUUUGCUUAUAAGCAGGAAUCAGGAGGAUAGAGUUAUGGUCAGAUUUGCCAAAUGGAGGGCGAGGGAGAGCUUUGUAUGCGUCUCUGUGUGUGGAGUAAAGGUGGUCUAGAGUUUUUUCCCCUCUGGUUGCACAUUUAACAUGCUGGUAGAAAUGAGGUAGAACGGAUUUAAGUUUCCCUGCAUUAAAGUCCCCUGCUACUAGGAGCGCUGCAUCUGGAUGAGCGUUUUCCUGUUGAUUAAUGGCCUUGUACAACUCAUUCAGUGCAAUCUUAAUGCCAGCAUUGGUUUGUGGUGGUAAAUAGACAGCUAUGAAAAGUAUAGAUGAAAACUCUCUUGGUAAAUAGUGUGGUCUACAGCUUAUCAUAAAUAGUGUGGUCUACAGCUUAUCAUCUUGUAGUGGAGGAGCGGGGUGACAUGGGAGAACUUGGGAAGGUUGAACACCAGGCAAGACACAGUAGGGUAGCUUAAGGUAGCACGGGCCGGUAUUUGGUAAAAACCUUACAAAACUUGCAGGACUCGGUCGAGAGCUGCCUGAGCAUGUUUGUUUCCCAUGGGGUAUGGGGACCCAUUAUAACUCUGGUAGAAAAGUAUGGCUAGCCAGGUUAUGUGUAUGCUAGUUGACGCUUAGCAAUUAAGCUUUUGUGUUAGCCAGCUAGUGUUCACCCAGCGAAAAAGCUAAUUCUUAUCUGUACCGAAAACGUUCGUUUUGGUAAAGUCACACAACACAAAAUACUUAUCUCCCGUCUGUACUACUGCAACUCGCUGUUGGCUGGGCUCCCCGCUUGUGCCAUCAAUCUUAUCCAGAAUGCUGUGUCUUGCCUGGUGUUCAACCUUCCCAAGUUCUCCCAUGUCACCCCGCUCCUCCACUACAAGACCAUGAUACUUGCCUACGGAGCAGCAAGAGGAACUGCCCCUCCCUACAGGCUAUGCUAAAACCCUACACCCCAACCUGAGCACUCUGUUCUGCCACCUCUGGUCUCUUGGCCCUCGCCACCCCUACGGGAGGGCGGCUCCCGCUCAGCCCAGUGCAAGCUCUUCUCUGUGGUGGCACCCUAAUGGUGGAACCAGCUUCCCCCUGAAGCUAGGACAGCAGUCCAUCUUCCGAAAACAUCUGAAACCCUACCUCUUCAAAGAGUAUCUUAAAUAAUCCCACAGCACCCUCCCCCCUUUACUAUGACUGUGAUAUGUGGUUGUCCCACCUAGCUAUCUUAAAAUGAAUACACUAACUGUAAGUCGCUCUGAAUAAGAGCGUCUGCUAAAUGACUAAAAUGUAAAUGUAAAUGUAGACGACGAGAGCUAAAAAACCUGAGCGACACACCUGUCAACAGUUAAGCAGGAAACAGGGAUCAAGUUGUGCUGAGCAGAGCUUAGAGUAGUACUCCUCGCAAGGAAGAGAGGUGAGAAUGACCAGAGGGCAGAUGAGUGGCUCCUUAUCACUUGAAACAAGUAAUUGAAAGAUACCCACUUUAUUUAAUAUGAGUGUGUUUUUAGGGUGGCUUGUAUGGAGUGGUAUACGGUCUUAUUUGAGAAUAUCUAGCUCCAUCUAAUGACCAAGAUAGGGCAGCCCUGUCAUUUAUUGCUCUACUACCAUCCAUUUCCUCCCUCCCUCAAUCCCUCCAUCCUCCCAUCAAUACCUGGAGACAAAAAAAGGCAUUGCACCUAUUAAUCAAUGUCACUGCAGACAGGCACUCUGAGAAUUGAUGCAAGUCUGAGCACGCAGGCCGGCAGGCCAGAGUCAAAUUCUCUCUGUGCCAUACUGUACCUGCUUCUGAGACUCAAGUUCCCCCUCUCCUGGCCAAAUUAGCUAAAUGCACUGUCAUCGUUUGGGGAACAAUGACAAUAAUACAUUUGCCAUUUUGGUCAUUAAGCAGAAGCUCUUAUCCAGAGCGACUUACUUAGAUUAUGUUAGUUUUGACUUAGGUGCCUCAAUACUCCAUGCUAUGCCCUCCAUUUGUGUGUAUUCUAUGUGCAUAUGUGUGGCGACAAGUCAAGCAGCUCUGUCCCAAAAUAUGCCACCACAACUGAAGCACACUCAUCGUAACUGCCAUUGUUAAUGUAGUAGAGGUCAGAAGACCUCAGUCUAGUGUUCAUGUGUAGCUUGUGUGUGUGUGGUUACUUUUCCCCAGGCCACUGAUGCAGAUACAGGGAACUACAGUGCCAAUGCGUACCGGCUGAUCAUCCCGCCCACGACAGAUGGUCAGGACAGCUUUGUGAUUGAACAGUACACGGGCAUCAUCAAGACGGCUAUCAUGUACCGCAACAUGCGCAGGUCCUACUUCAAGUUUGAGGUCAUCGCCACCGACAACUACGGAGAGGGCAUGAGCAGCAACGCUGAUGUUGUGGUGAGUGUCUAGUGUCCUCAAACAACACAUAUCCCUCCAUUGUUUGAAACACUCUUUCUUGUUAGGCAAGUGAAUAUGAGACUUUGAAGCCUGGCAGUUAGAAGUUGUCCUCAGUCAACUGUGAUCUUAACAACCGAUGCCAAUACCCUCACCACCCACAACAUCUGAUGGGUUUAUUAGUGUUGGACUGCAGUUUUCCUCUGAGAUUAGUUAUUCAUUAGGAGGCUACAUGAUGAUGAGGUACAUUUUCUCUUCUCUCUAGACUGUGUCUAGCUUCCAAUAUAUUAAAUUAUUCAGAGCAGUUACAGCACACGAGAUGCGUAAUGUGUAUGCCAGUGAACCCCUCUGCUUCGAGUUGAUGAUCCAAUUAAACAAUGCAUGGAGUGUGUUUUUCGCUCAUUCUAAUUGGUGUGUGUGCAUGUGUGUGUGUAAUUAUACUUAUACAAUACAUUUCCAUUUGCUUCCAGUUAUUGGAGUCAGGGGUUCUCCUAAUAUGUCAGGCUAACAAGUCUCUAAUGAGACUGAAGGAGUGUUGGAACGGCGCCUGAACGGGUGACAGCGGCUAGUGCUUAACCAUGUUGCUGGUUCAUUUUCAAGAGGAACUGUAAUUUCACAGAGACCAUGUGGGAGAUUUUUCUGCAGAGCCCAGAGCCUUAGAGUCAGUGUACUAACUGUGCCAGCGAAUAUUAGGCACCAUUAGAUUGGCCACAUGGUACCAAUACAAACAGGCAAUUUAGAUUCUCGUUUUAGCCACCAGGAGCAUGUUAAGCAUGAAUGGACAAAACGUACAUAUCUACGACUACUCUCUACUCUCUCUCUCUCUCUCUCUCUCUCUCUCUCUCUCUCUCUCUCUCUCUCUCUCUCUCUCUCUCUCGUCCUCCUCUCCUCCUCUCAUUCCUCUCUCUCUCCUCUCCCUCUUCUCUCUCUCUCCUCUCUCUCUCUCUCUCCUCCUCUCCUCUCGUCUCUCUCUCUCCUCUCUCUCCUCUCUCUCUCUCUCUCUCUCUCUCUCUCUCUCUCUCUCUCUAUCUCUAUAUCAGGUGUCAGUGGUCAACCAGCUGGAUAUGCAGGUGGUGGUGUCCAAUGUCCCGCCCACUGUCGUGGAGGAGAAUAAAGAGCAGCUUAUUGCGUAAGGCACCAGUCAAUCACUUCCUUUCAGUGUUAUUGUCACAGUGAACAUGCUUGGUUGAAUUGGAAACCUAUAAGGGUCCUAAAGGCCCCUGAACACUCAACAGAAACAGGAGAGUGAAUUAAAAAGUAUUACAUUUAUUUUCAUUAGAAAACAUUUCCUCUACAGGGGCAACAUACUUUAACCUUUUUUAUAUUCUGAGAAGCACCUAUAGUGGAAUAGAUUUGUAUAGUACAGUAGGGUCUGUCACCACCCUCGUCUUUUACUUUCAGCCCAUGCCCAAGUACAUUUUAAAUGCAUUACAACUAAAUGUUUGAGUCCAUCCCUUUCCUUCUCAGUGAUAACUCUAUGGUCUAGCGGCAGAAGCCCUGUGGAGAGUCAAGAACAGUCUUUUUUAUCAUAGACUAGAAUGCCACUUACAAAAGUGGAUAGCAUUUUUCAUUUUUUUAUUUCUCCUGUUGAAUAAGGGGACUUGGUUCAAAGUCGCACGAUGCAAUUUGCAUUUCUGCUAGUGAAAUUGUUUGCGUUGAAUAUUAGUUCCCUUAAUGGCAAUCUUAGCCAAUGUUCUGGCAAUGUUCCCGGUUUGCUGGGUAGUCUCCAACUGUGUUUUGAGAAAAUGAUCCCUGUGUUGCAGAACUUAGGUCCUCAAUGGCUUCACUGUCUGUUUACGUUCUGUCUCCCUUAACCAAUGAUUGGGCAAGUAAAACCACUGAUUGUCCAGUUGAUGAAUGAAUGGCAAGAACAGAAAACAGUACAGUGUUUUUAGACAGAUAGGAUAAUAAAAUAAGAAGGUAAUAUAUUUUUACAUUUACAUUUUAGUCAUUUAGCAGACGCUCUUAUCCAGAGCGACUUACAGUUAGUGAAUACAUCUUUUUUUUAUACUGGCCCCCCGUGGGAAUCAAACCCACAACCCUGGCGUUGCAAGCGCCAUGCUCUAUCAACUGAGCUACAUCCCUGCCGGCCAUUCCCUCCCCUACCCUGGACGACGCUGGGCCAAUUGUGCGCCGCCCAUGAGUCUCCCGGUCGCGGCCGGCUGCGACAGAGCCUGGAUUCGAACCAGGAUCUCUAGUGGCACAGUUAACACUGCGAUGCAGUGCCUUAGACCACUGCGCCACUCAGGAGACAGAGUAAUAUACAUUCAUUGUUUUAAAGCCUCACUUUAAAUGACACUACCCCUAUAAGAUUGCUCUAUGCUUUGACAACUAAAUCAUGUGUUUAGUUAGUCAUUCUGAUUACAUCUGAGAGGCCUCCCAUGUUCCUUGGUCCUAGUGGGGUCCAGAACUGGGUACUCUGUUCAUCAGGCUUGGCAUUCGGGUUGGAGAAAGUACCCAUUUAGUGGUUGUCAUUUAAAGUGCAGAGUUCACUCAGCCUGAAAAGACAUACUGGUGUCCAUUUUGGCAACUAUGGCUGGGAGUGAAAUACUUAAAAGUAUGGCCUCAAACUGAUAUGGUCACACACAAGUAAAAGUUGUAAAAAGAUUACAUUUCAGCAUUAUAAAGUCAAUGACAUCAUUUGUAAAUGGUGACACAAGACAUGCAGGUGAAGUGAAUCAGGGCAACCACUGCUAACGCAUGAUCAGCACAUUCGCUAGGCUACUGUACAUCACCUGUUAAUAACAGUAUGACAGUAGUUACUGAAUGAUUCAUAGAGCCUUCACGUCAUGGUAUAGAUGGCUGUAGAAAUAUGAAGGUAGAAAUAUCUAAUGCUUCAGCUAUACCUGGUACCAUACUUUAUUUUAAAUGUGAACAGACCACAAUGGUUUUGUCUCCCAAAUGUCAGUAUUCUGGAGCGAUACAUCCAGGACCAGAUCCCAGGGGCCAAGGUGGUGGUGGAGUCCAUCGGGCCGCGGCGGUUCGGAGACGGCUUUGACCAGGAGGACUACACAAAGUCAGACCUGAUGGUGUACGCCAUCGACCCACUGACCAACAGGGCCAUCUCACGUCAGGAGCUCUUUAAGUGAGUGAACCAACACAAUGAAAUGAAAAGCUAUCUCUUUGUCUCUCUCUCUCUCUCUCGCUCUCUCUCUCGCUCCUCUAUCUUUCUCUCCCUUUUUCUAAUGAGAGAGAGAGAGAAAGAGAGACAGAAAGAGAGAGAGAGAGAGAGAGAGAGAGAGAGAGAGAGAGAGAGAGAGAGAGAGAGAGGAGAGAGAGAGAGAGAGAGAGAGAGAGAGAGAGAGAGAGAGAGAGGAAAAAGAAGGUGCUAUUCCAUCAGUAGCUGCCACUAAGCCACCCAGAGGUUGUUCCAACAUUCUGGAGAAAUGCCAGCUUAGCAUUUUAGUUCCCCUGUAUUUUAGUUCCCCUGUAUUCGGCGAGAGAGAGAGACACUCCUCAGAGCCCAGGGUUCCCCUCUUACAUAGCAGGAGAAACACUGUUUUACACUUUUACCACAAAUGCUCUAAAGGUGCAGUUGAAAAGUGCUUUUGCAACACUUUUUCACCCUGUCAGGGGAAAGAGCAGUCCCCUUCCACUCAGCAGGCGGGGUGUGUUAAAACACCUAGGACCAUGUUGCUGCCAUUAGUCUUUUGUUCCCCAGCCCUCAGACAGGGUUAGAGUCAACACUGUGGGAGCCAAGGCCCCCCCUCAGAGCAUAACAGGCACCAUGCUAGAGGAACCCUUCCCCCCUACUGAGCACCCUUCCACUGUCCACAGAAGGAAGGCAUGAUCUCUCUAUUUCCCUCCUUAUGUCUGUCUCCUUCCCUCUCUUUUGCCCCAUACUCCUUUUCACUCUGGCUUUAACAGCUCGAAUUAGGCUACGUUCCCCUCCCCUUUAAACCAGAUACCAAUCUAUUGUUUAAUCCUGCUCUUUAAAAAGUGACUUUGAGUAAAGUGGCUUUGUGUUGAGUUAAUCUGAGCACAUUACCUCUCUGUCUGUCCUUGGCUGCUAGCGGUGGCCCUGUUUUAAUGUAAUGAUACACGUGUCUCAUAAAGAAAGGGGGUUUCUUAGCCUGAGAUAGUGAGCGUCACUCUUAUCACAAGCACCAGCUUUGGAGAGAGCCGUUGUUCAUUUUAAAAAGAGGUGCUGAUAUAUCUAGCGUUGCUUCAAUAAGAAUCCCCCUCUUAGGUACAAUGGGAGGCUGUUAAAGAAGAGGCUAGCCGAGGUUCAAGGAGCAGGAAGGGAAAAAAUAAGCUCUAUGUUCAUGCAGCUCACGCCUGACAGCGUAGAGCGUUAAAUGAGGGAAAUAAGGACUCUUGAGGGUUGAAAAAAAGAAGCCUAUAGAUAACUCACAUGAAAGGACAAUCACUUGAGUACUAUUCAUUUUUAUAACGAGGCCAUAUAGUGGAUGAUAAUGCAACUUGUGGCAGAGAGGGAUUGCGUUGGGAACUUGAAUGACUGCACAAAUCUCCUAUUGACAUCAAUGUACAGUGAGGGAAAAAAGUAUUUGAUCCCCUGCUGAUUUUGUACGUUUGCCCACUGACAAAGAAAUGAUCAGUCUAUAAUUUUAAUGGUAGGUUUAUUUGAACAGUGAGAGACAGAAUAACAACAACAAAAUCCAGAAAAAACGAAUGUAAAAAAUGUUAUAAAUUGAUUAGCAUUUUAAUGAGGGAAAUAAGUAUUUGACCCCCUCUCAAUCAGAAAAGUUUCUGGCUCUCAGGUGUCUUUUAUACAAGUAACGAGCUGGGAUUAGGAGCACACUCUUAAAGGGAGUGCUCCUAAUCUCAGCUUGUUACCUGUAUAAAUGACACCUGUCCACAGAAGCAAUCAAUCAAUCAGAUUCCAAACUCUCCACCAUGGCCAAGAUCAAAGAGCUCUCCAAGGAUGUCAGGGACAAGAUUGUAGACCUACACAAGGCUGGAAUGGGCUACAAGACCAGCGCCAAGCAGCUUGUUGAGAAGGUGACAACAGUUGGUGCGAUUAUUCGCAAAUGGAAGAAACACAAAAUAACUGUCAAUCUCCCUCGGCCUGGGGCUCCAUGCAAGAUCUCACCUCGUGGAGUUGCAAUGAUCAUGAGAACGUUGAGGACAUGGAGGUGGAAACAUUAUGCUUUGGGGGUGUUUUUCUGCUAAGGGGACAGGACAACUUCACUGCAUCAAAGGGACGAUGGACAGGGCCAUGUACCGUCAAAUGUUGGGUGAGAACCUCCUUCCCUCAGCCAGGGCAUUGAAAAUGGGUCGUGGAUGGGUAUUCCAGCAUGACAAUGACCCAAAACACAUGGCCAAGGCAACAAAGGAGUGGCUCAAGAAGAAGCACAUUAAGGUCCUGGAGUGGCCUAGCCAGUCUCCAGACCUUAAUCCCAAGAUUAAUCCCAUAGAAAAUCUGUGGAGGGAGCUGAUGGUUCGAGUUGCCAAACGUCAGGCUCGAAACCUUAAUGACUUGGAGAAGAUCUGCAAAGAGGAGUGGGACAAAAUCCCUCCUGAGAUGUGUGCAAACCUGGUGGCCAACUACAAGAAACGUCUGGCCUCUGUGAUUGCCAAAAAGGGUUUUGCCACCAAGUACUAAAUCAUGUUUUGCAGAGGGGUCAAAUACUUAUUUCCCUUAUUAAAAUGCAAAUCAAUUUAUAAAAUUCUUGACGUGUUUUUCAGGAUUUUUUUUGUCAUUAUUCUGUCUCUCACUGUUCAAAUAAACCUACCAUUAAAAUUAUAGACUGAUCAUGUCUUUGUCAGUGGGCAAACGUACAAAAUCAGCAGGGGAUCAAAUACUUUUUCCCUCACUGUACAUGUACGCAUAAGGCCUAGUAACAGGCGCAUAUAUUAUGUUAGGAUUCAACACCAAUUCAAAUCAUUUGAAUUCCCAGAACUGUCGCAGUUGAAAUGGUGUUACACCCAAACUUAAAGUACACUACAUGAACAAAAGUAUGUGGACACCUGCUCGUCAAACAUCUCAUUCCAAAAUCAUGGGUGUUAAUAUGGAGUUGGCGACGAACAGUUUGUGCUGACCUUGCUUCCAGAGGCAGUUUGGAACUCUGUAGUGAGUGUUGCAACUGAGAACAGACACAUUUUACGCGCUUCAACGCUCUGUGGUCCUGUUCUGUGAGCUUGUGUGGCCUACCACUUCGCGGCUGAGCUGUUGUUUCUCCUAGACGUUUCCACUUCACAAUAACAGCACUUACAGUUGACUGGGGCAGCUCUAGCAGGGCAGAAAUUUCACGAACUGACUUGUUGGAAAGGUGGCAUCCUAUGACGGUGCCAAGUUGAAAGUUACUGAGCUCUUCAGUAUGGGCCAUUCUACUGCCAAUGUUUGUCUAUGGAGAUUGCAUGGCUGUGUGCUCGAUUUUAUACACAUGUUAGCAACGGGUGUGGCUGAAAUAGCCAAAUCCACUAAUUUGAAGAGGUGUCCACAUACUUUUGGUAGUGUACUUGUGUGACUGACUGUGGUCUGUCUGGCAGGUUUCUAGAUGGGAAGCUGCUGGACAUCAACAAGGAGUUCCAGCCCUACCUGGGUCAAGGAGGACGUAUCCUGGAGAUCCGUACGCCCGACAUCGUGGCCAGCGUGAAGAAGGCUGCCCAGGCUGUGGGCUACACAGAGGGGGCACUGCUCGCCCUAGCCAUCAUCAUCAUCCUCUGCUGCAUCCCCGCCAUCCUCAUCAUCAUGGUCACCUACAAACAGUGAGUGCACAAUCGCUGUUGUCGUAGCUAUACGCAACGUGUGUGUAUGGCCAUGGUGACCUUUCAAAGCUAGCACUGUAGUUCUGUAGAGGCUGAGGAAAUAUGCAUGGUGCUAGGUAUUCAGUCAAACACUGCUCUCCCAGUCUCUCUCUCCCGAACUAAUUAGUGAUGCUGACAGUGUACACCGCUGGUCUAAUGUCCCUAUUCACACACUGUGAAAGCAGAUUAAUUUACACUCAUUUGCAACAAAUAUCCAAAGCCAAUUGUGACCGUCACAGUGCAUCUUCACGGCUCCACUACCCCAUCACUCACACUCACACUCACACACACACACACACACAGAAAAAUCUCUUCCACACACACCCACAACAAAUUGCAUAAUGAUAAAGCAUAUGGCACAGAUUUAGUAUACCAUUUGUUCCUGAUUGCUGAAGUUGUUUUAUUUGAUGUUGAUUGGGCAAGGUUCGUAAAGCGAUGACAACUGUGAAUGCGUCAGGCAGGUGCUGCUCAAUGUUGCUCUAUGUGCCGUGUGAAUCCACUACAUCAACACUAUAUAAACACUGAUGUCUGGGGAAUGUUUACACCCAGCAGACGGGUCAGAGUGGUUACCCUGAGCUGAAGAAACACACACACAGAAACAUUGCAGAGUUUGUAGUGUUACGAUGCGCUAGUUUAGAAAAGUUAAUUCAUUCAUUCAACUUUAUGACUUAUUGAUCUCUGGGAGAAUAUUCUGAUGCAACGCAUUCUCUCGUUUCUCUCUUCUGGGGUAAUUGUAUAUUGCUGUGAAUAAGUAAUGCUGAGAACAAAAGAAACGGAAUAAAAAUAAGUUUGAUGUACUUGUAUGAACUGUAAGCUGCAAACAUAGCUGGAGAGCCUGAUGCGUUCCAUAACACUGUGUGAUAAGAAAUUAAGAAGUAAAUUAAGUCCUCUUAUUAUAUUCAGUGGUGAAAUAGGCUGAGAUCUUUGAUAGGGCGUGUUAUCCAAAGCCUGGCUGUUAUCUGAAUAGGUCAAAAGGAAUUCAUGAAUAAUGCACAUUGUUUCACCUAGAGUGGUGUGUUUUUCAAAAGAAACCUUAACAUCCGCCAAACAUUAAAAUUGAAUGGCGUUGGAGGAACGCCGAGGCGUCUCACUAUUCCCAAUUUAAUUAAUGUUUCUCAUUGUAUAGUAUUAACAAAAUAGGAAUGAGCUAAUUGUAUAACUGAGAUUCUCUUGUGUUUUCUUUUUUCCUCUGCUCCCCUGUCUCCAACACUGCCUGGAAAACUAUCCACCAGAUUCAAAGAGUAAGUCAUUGUCCAUGUGAUAUGAGUGAUCUCUCUUGUAUGCACUUGAGCAUGAAUACAACAUGGUUCUAUUCACAUGUCCACAUUACUGAAUAGUCCUUUAAAGAUGAACCAGGGAGUCAGAACGACUAUUAAAAUGAGGAUUAAAGUACAAACAUUGUAGUUCAAGUCAUCUCCUUAAUACAGACUUAAAUCCCCAGUAAUUGGGAAAGACAAUGACUUGCCUAUUUUAAAAUCUAGUUUUAUAUAAGAGAUUGGCUCUGUUAUUUUUAUCUCAGUCAGUUGGGAUGAGACACAUACUGUACUGAUGUUCAAUCACUUCAAUCACCAAAGACAUGUAGCCUUCAUGGGGAACAAGUGAUGAAAUGUUAUGGAAAGAAAGUGCAAUGGAUGGACUCAAACUUUAUUUGAACUUCAGGAGACAGGCGGAAUGUGCCAAGACUGCGAGGAUUCAGCAAGCUCUGCCAGCGGGCAAGGCUGCUGCUCCACGCGCCCCAACAACCAAUCUCUACGGGGAACUAGGGGACAGCAGCAUGUAAGUCCAAUCAAAUCAAAUCAAAUGUAUUUAUAAAGCCCUUUUUACAUCAGCAGAUGUCACAAAGUGCUUAUACAGAAACUCAGCCCACCUUUGACCUCUUCCUCCUAACCCCCUUACUUCCUGUUUCAGGUACCAUAUACAAUGAGUAAUGCCUAUUUGUGCAGAUGAUAACGUUUGUGGGUGUUAGGACAUUGCCUAUUUUUCAAACAGCAAACACAUUUCUUGACUAAAAAAGGCCUUAGUCCACCAACGAUGGACAUUGGUCUUUAGAGUCUGUCAUGUUGAGCUUUAGCUGCAUCAUUGUUCCCAUUCAGUCGUCAUUCAUUGUGCUUUGUCCUACAAACACCUACACAGACCUAAGUUUGUUCAGUAUCCCAUCUCAGAUUGUCAAUGUGUGACUUUGCAAUUAGAUGCCAGAUCCAUUUCAACAUGGCCUUCUGUUCUCUCAAGGUGAAUCUCUUUGUUUUGACUCAUAAAAGAGAGACCAAUGUUUGCUAGAAAUAGAAUAAUGCUGUGUCUCUGUUUGGCCCAUCCUUUUGUUGGCCAUUGAUUUUGUGGUAAAUUACUUUUUGAUUUCCCCUUCUUAUUGUCGCUGUUGAAUAACUCAGCAGUUUUUCGAGUCAGUUUUGCCAUUAACACAAUCGGAUUCCACCUUUCACAUUAAAUACAAUCCUUAAAUGCGCAAUGAAAUGUUAAUAGUUUUAGAAUAAUCCAGAUUUAAUCUAAACGACAUAAUCAGUCCCCGUGGUAAAUAGGGGCUGAGGUGAUCUUCAUUUUUAUGCAUUUUAAACCAUUGCUGCUACCUACAUCACGGACGGUGUGUAAUGGACAUUUUACGGUGAGCUGCAAAAAGGCUCUGCUAUGUUUACAGCAGCUGUUGACAAAUACUCAACACGGAGCAGAUGCUUUUAAUUUCACUCUGUUCAGAAGAGCUCUCUCAGGGGUAACAGAGCAGCCCACUAUCGUAUAUUUUGGGUUGAUUUCCAUAGAAACGAGGAGGAAUGAUCACAGAAACGACACUAUUGUUUUUAAAAUAUAUUUUGCCCAUGCGUGUGUAUGCAUUUGUACAUGUGUGUGUGAGUUAUAGAAACCAGCAAUUACUGGUAAUACUAAUAAGCAAUUACUGGUAAGGCACACAGUACAGUUUAUGCAUACCAACUUGAAGACAGUAUUACCUCGAAUGUAUGCAGAACUUGUUCUAUGCCUAUUAAUUUACUAUCUUCAUCAACCAACUAGUUUGACCAUGGAUACCUCAGCUUCUUGACCAUUUCCCAUAAGGUUACACUUUGUUAAACAACUGUCUCUCUCUGUCUGUCUUUCAUUUCAUUUCAUCUCCACUCUAUUUGUUCUUCGAUGGAUUCAGACUGCAGUAAGUAACCCCAAUGCUUAUGCCUAGGCUCAAAUAGAAAAACUGGAGUGAUAUAGAUGGCAUCUAGUCCCCUACACCUGUUCUUGAAUAUUUUUCAUUGACAUGUACUUAAUAUUUUAUUACAGAAGUAACUUAGAUGUUACAGUACUAUACAUGGUUAGUGCAUUUGCAUCUGAAUAUAAUGGUAUAAUGUCAGGGAUGCAAGGUAAUACUCUUUAUAAAGGUAAGGCUUAACUACAGCGUAACACCAUUUUUGCUUCCGCCUGUUUAGGAAAAGUGAACCUCCCUUUAUAAACUUUAGAGGUAUGGUGCAUCUGUAGAUGCUUAUAGCUUACACCCUACCCAUCCCAAUCCUGAUCCCAUUAGAAAAAAAGUAAUUGUUUAUGUUUCAUGUCCAUUAACUUAAGAUCAUAACCUCUUAGUAUUAUUGAUAUGAUUGAACUAAUGCACAAGGGUAGGUGUUGGGUACUUCAGAUAUCACAUGUUCCAUAUAUUUGUGGACUGUGAUACUAAAAUGGAGGUACCUCUGUGACUGUGCUUUGAUUUCUUCAAAUCAAAUAUGAUUAUAUAUUUGAUCUUGUAUUAAAUGUACUUGGGAUGUUUUUAAGUGGAUACUUUAUCGCCUGUCCAAAUACUGUCAGCAGUUGAACUGCGAUUCUAAAACUUUAUUAAAUAUUUUGUAUUUAAAUAAAUUUUUCUAAUGACUCCGAUACUGUAAAGCAUGGUCUACCCUGCUGCAUUACCUUUGAGUUCGAAUCACAUAUUUUAUAUUGUUUCUAACUUUAAUCAUAAUACUAAGAGUCAAAAUGACUGAAGGAUUUUGGAAUAACAGUCUAUAGCAUCUCCCUCAUCCCUUCUCCUCUGCUUCCUCAUCCUUCAUCCUUCCUUCACCUGUGUUUCAAAUCUUUAUUUUGUCCACCCUCCAUCUACAUUCCUAAUCGGACAGGGCUAAAAGGUCUGAGAUCGAGGAAGCCGACCGCCAGAGAUGCCUUAGCAGCUUCGCCUGUCGCGCCAUCUCCUCCCGUGGCAAUGGGUCGCUGCACAGCAUUCUGCCCAAGUCAGAGAGCAACGUCACCUUUCUGUCAGACCACCACCCCCUGACCACCACCAACCCCCUCUAUGACGAAGAAGAAGACGGGAACCUCAGCAGCCCCUACGGGACGGCGAAAGGUGGCUCUUUCUCCCCCUCCCUCUCUGGAGGGUCCGGGAACGCCUGGACCAUACCGACUCGUCUCCGUGGAGGGUCAGAGGGGUACGAGUCGCUGAAGAGACAGGCUCUGAUGGACCCGGCCCAGUGGGAGCUGCAGCUGCUCCAAGCUGGGAUGAAGGGUCAAGACAGCCUGGAGGGUUAUGACGUCCAGAGCAGCCGCAGCACAGAGGAGAGCAAGCUGUCUGUCAGGGAGCAGGCCAGGCAGUAUGAACAGCAGGCCAUGCAGGAGAGGACCCCCAGGGGAGGGUGUGACUCCAGGGGCUCCCUGACCUCCCCUCCACUACUGCGUAACCGAGACAGCAUUGACAUGCUGGAGCUGAGCGCGGAGACCCUGUUCUCCAUCAUGGACCGCCCCUACAGCCCCAUGUCCAUAGGGAAGGAUGUGCCCCCCCGCAUCAUCAUCACCCAGGGGGAAGGCUCUCCACCCCAGGCCCAGAGGCCCACCCCGCCUGUCCUCAGGAAAUUCAGCUCCAGCAACUCCAGCUACAUCACUGCAGAGCCCUGUGAGAUCACUGUGGAGAUCAUCCCUGACCCGCCUGAGAAUCCACCACCUCCUCCUCCUUCUCCUCAUUCUCCUCCUCCUCCACCUCCUCCUCCUUCUCCUCAUUCUCCUGCCUCAUCUCCUCCUCCUCAUCCUUCCUCAUCUCCUCCUCCUCCUCCCUCCUCACCUCCUCCCCCUGGGCCCUUCAAUCUUCACUCCAGUGAGCCUGAUCAUUCUCCCCCACCCUCUUUCCCUCCCUCUCCCCCUCCUGUUCGUAAUCGUGCUCCUCCGCCACUGCCCCCACCCCUCCCGCCCUCUUUCUCCCCCACUUUCGAACGACCCCGCCACACUGUUCAGUUUGUCCCAACCUCCCUGCCGCCGUUGUCCUCGCUCCGCCCUAUCUCCUCCCGGGCUCCUCCCCCCCCACCUCCCCCCCAACCCGAAGACGGUGUGAAGAGGAAGGAGCUAAAGGGGAUUCUGAAAAACCUACAGAACCUUGCCGACAUCGAGAAGUCUGUUGCCAACCUCUACAGUCAAGUAGACAAGAAUCGCAAGGUGGCGCGAUUCGGCAAGAAACCCCAAGCAACCGAGGAACAAGAAGGAACUCGGAAACAAAGCAGAUCUGUGUCCCUUGAGGAACCAAACCAGCCAAACCUGACCAGCACGGAACCUGUGAUCCAACCAAACUCAACCACAAACACUAACUCCUCUGAGCUGGAAACAAGCCAACCAAGCACUAACAAUGUGACCUCAGAGGUCCAGGAGCCGAGCCAAUCAAACCAGUCAAAUGCAGACUCUGUGACUGAGGAACUAAGCAAUCGCUUUCCAUCCCAAUCCACCACUUUCUGA